UGGCACUCUUCUCUUUGUCUCUCUGAUUUACUUAUAGUGACUCUUCACUUACCUCCCUCACUAACUCUCCCCUCCAGCCAUACCUUGUUACUCAUCACUCAAUAUACGGUCUCCCAACAUUAUCAAACCCCAAACACGAUGAUCGCCGGCGACCUCCCCCGGAAUGCAGACUAUCUCAUUGUGGGUGGGGGCACCGCAGGGUUAGUGGUUGGAUGCCGACUGUCAGAAGACCCCACCAUACGCGUCCUCAUUCUGGAAUCCGGUCCAGAUCGUACCGAGGAUCCUCGGGUGAAGGACCACGCAGCCUGGACUACCUUGACGGGCUCCGAGCUUGAUUGGCAGUUUAAGACCUGUCCCCAGGCGGGUUUCAACAAUCGAACAGUGGACCACCCGGCGGGAAAAGCCCUGGGCGGAUCCUCUGCUAUUAACGGGUCGGCAUUUCUUCCGCCUUCGCCAGCGGGCAUCAAUGCCUGGGCCAAGCUGGGAAAUCCGGACUGGAACUGGGAGUCGUUGGUACCGUACCUCCAGAAGUCAUAUACCCUCCAUCCGCCGAAGCUCGAGACUCAACCUCACCGAAGUGUGCGCCCUCCAACGGACGGACCAGUUCAAGUGAUCUAUCCGGCGCUCGUGGACAAAGCGGACACCGUACUCAUCGAGGCGUGGAAUGAUGCUUUUAGGGACAGCGGAUAUGAAUAUGUUAGCGAUUGGCUUGCGGAACAGAAAACGGUCGGUACCCGAGCUUAUACGGCUGCAAUUGAUCCAGAGUCAGGUCUUCGGAGCAGUGCUGACACUCAAUACGGCUCCAUCCUGCGUAGCCGCAGCAAUGUCACGAUUGCGCCGGGCGCAACCGUCCACCGAUUGCUAUUUGAUUCUAAAACAGUAACCCAGAAGGCCGUUUCGAUCGGUGUCCAAGCUCGAUGGCAUGAUCAGGUGGUCACGAUCACGGCCACCAAAGAAGUUAUCCUAGCCGCUGGUGUCUUCCAGACACCCAAAAUACUGGAACUAUCAGGAGUGGGCGAUGAAAGCCGACUGCGUGAUCUUGGGGUCCCCCUCAUAAUCAACCAGCCUGGCGUGGGCGAGAACUUACAGAACCACGUCAUGAGUGUUCUACCGGUUCCCCUCAACGCGCGUCCCGAGAUCGAAGGCAUUUCACCAGGGAUCAAGGCAUUAGCCUUUGUCCGUCUAGGUACUGAAAUGAUGGAGCUCUUGGAUAGCUCGGGAUCUAGUGAUAGCUCCCAGCGUGUUAUCCAAUCUAUCCUGCAGGAUCCGAACGAGGCCUCCGCUUGCCUUUUCGUCAGUAUCCUUCCCGGAAAUAUGGCACUGCUGGGUAUUAUUCCUGGGUUUCCAUUGUCCCGGGGCAGUACCCAUAUCCAAUCCGCAGACCCAGAUGCCAUGCCACGCAUUGAUCCACGAUUCUUGGCGAAUCCGUUGGACAUGGAGAUGUUAGUCCGGCAUGUGCAGCACUUACAAAACAUCCCGUCUUCUGCAGCUCUUCGGCCUUUCCUUCAAGGUUCGCGGCCAACGGACAUUACGACGCUCCGCAGCUUACUGCGCGAGUCCAUGGCGCUACCAACCUACCACUCCUGUGGAACGGCCGCCAUGCUUCCCCGCGAGGACGGCGGCGUAGUCGGGCAGGAUCUAAAGGUCUAUGGCACGGAGAAUGUACGUGUAGUGGAUGCGAGUAUAUUCCCCCUCAUCUCCCACGCCAACCCUAUGGCGACCGUAUAUGCCGUAGCAGAGCGAGCGGCCGACCUGAUUCGAUCUUCGUAAACGAGUACUAUUUCGUUUCAUACGAAAGGUUUCUAUCAUUGAAAACAGUCCU